AAUUCCGAAAGGUUAUUAUUCCGCCAACGUAACUUCAAAAUCAUUCAAGUAUCAUAAGUCUCACAAUGAAAAUAAGUUUUUGCACCGAUCUGGAUAAGAGCGUCGUAGUGGCCAACUGUGAAAAACGCGGCUGGAUUCAAGUGGGUCCGGAAGAUGACUGGAACAUUUAUUGGGCGGGCACGCAAACUUGCCGCAGCUUAUUUAGCGUGGACAGUGGGUAUCGGAUGAACGAUAAUCAGAUCAUAAACCAUUUCCCAAAUCACUACGAAAUAUCGAGAAAAGACUUACUAGUAAAAAACAUAAAAAGAUACAGACGAGACCUGGAAAAAGAGGGCAACAUACUGGCAGAACGUGGAGACGCCAAAUAUCUCUAUUUGGACUUUAUCCCAGUAACGUUCGUGCUACCGGCCGAUUAUAACAUGUUCGUCGAAGAGUACAGGAAGGCACCGCAGAGCACAUGGAUCAUGAAACCUUGCGGUAGAUCUCAAGGUUCCGGGAUAUUUUUGAUCAACAAACUGUCCAAGUUGAAACGCUGGUCCAGGGAGUCUAAGACGCCUUUCCAGCAGCAACUGACCAAAGAAAGCUACGUCAUUUCCAAAUACAUCGACAAUCCUUUGCUGAUCGGAGGUAAAAAGUUCGAUCUACGUCUAUACGUGCUGGUCACAUCGUUUCGCCCAUUAAAAGCAUAUCAGUUCAAACUGGGCUUCUGUCGCUUUUGUACUGUGAAAUACGACUCUAGCGUAGCCGAACUUGAUAACAUGUAUGUCCAUCUGACAAAUGUUUCGGUACAAAAGCAUGGGGGCGAGUACAACUCACUUCAUGGCGGUAAGCUCAGCGUGCAAAACUUGAGACUCUACCUAGAAACCACCAGAGGAAAGCAAGUGACCGAAAGACUCUUCGACCAGAUAAGCUGGUUAAUCAUUCAUUGCCUCAAAGCGAUCGCUCCGGUAAUUUCGACCGAUCGGCACUGCUUCGAGUGCUACGGUUACGACAUUAUCGUCGAUAACAAGUUGAAACCUUGGCUAAUCGAGGUUAAUGCCUCUCCCUCAUUGACAUCCACUACAGCAAACGACAGAAUUCUGAAGCAUAAAUUGUUGGAUAAUAUAUUUAAUAUUGUUGUUCCACCGUCUGGAAUACCUGACGUCCGAUGGAACAAAAUACCAUCAUCAGAGGCCCUGGGCGAUUUUGAACUUUUAAUAGAUGAAGACCUGAUCAGUUUGAACGAAGGUGCUGAGAGCGGGUUCGGCAAAAAUGCCUCCAAAUGGAAAUAGGCUUUAGAAUUAAAGAAACCAUCGUUUUGUUGUUAAAAAUAUUAAGUUUCACACACUCGUUUAUUUGAAAAUAAUGUACAAAGUACCCAAUUAUAAGUCAAAACACUGAA